AUGCAUUGUGACUCUUCUCGACUAUUAGGCCGCAAUAUUCUUUCAAACAAGGCUCCCGCUACUCACCACCGCACAGCGCUCUCGCACGCGCGCAUAUCCGCGAGCGCCCUACCGUCAUCCGCGCCACUCGUCGCGUCUCGAUCUCAACCCGUAUCACUCCAAGCCGCCGCGCAACGGUUGUGCGAGCCGCGAAUACUCGCUUCCGCGCGGCUCUUCGCGCGCGCAGAUGCGUCUUCCAGCGACGCGGCGCGCGCCACCCCCGGCGAUGCCGCCGCCGCAGACGCCGAUCAACCGUCGGAUCGGCGGCGAGCGCGGCUGGCGGUGUUCGUAUCGGGCGGCGGGUCGAACUUCAAAGCGAUCCACGCGGCGUGCGCUGACGGGCGCGUGAACGGCGACGUGGUGGUGGUCGUCAGCGAUAAACCAGAGUGCGGGGGGUGGCAGUACGCGCGCGCCAGCGGCAUCCCCACGCUCGCCUUCCCCGUCAACGCCAAGCUGCCGCCCACUGAGCAGAGCGGCCUCACGCCUGACGAGCUGCUCGCCGCCAUGCGGCAGCAUGGGAUUGUCUACGUGGUGCUGGCGGGGUAUCUGAAGCUGCUGCGCGCUGCCCUGGUGGAGGCGUUCCUUACUCUAUCUCCACCUACCACUUUCAACCCCAUCUGUUUACCCAGGCAGCACGGGGUGGACUAUGUGCACGGGGUGGACUACGUGGUGCUAGCAGGGUAUCUAAAGCUGCUGCCCGCCUCCCUAGUGGAGGCGUUCCCACGAGCCAUCCUCAACAUCCACCCCGCCCUGCUGCCCGCGUUCGGGGGGAAGGGCUACUAUGGCAUGCGCGUGCACAAAGCAGUUAUUGCCUCUGGGGCUAGGUGCGUGCGUGUGUGUGUGGCGGCUGCUGCUGCUGCUGCUGCUGCUGCUGCUGCUGCUGCUGCUGCCGCUGCUGCCGCUGCUGCCGCUGCUGCCGCUGCUGCUGCCGCUGCUGCUGCUGCUGCUGCCGCUGCUGCUGCCGCUGCUGCUGCUGCUGCUGCCGCUGCUGCUGCCGCUGCUGCUGCUGCUGCUGCUGCUGCUGCUGCUGCUGCUGCUGCUGCUGCUGCUGCUGCUGCUGCUGCUGCUGCUGCUGCUGCUGCUGCUGCUGCUGCUGCUGCUGCUGCUGCUGCUGCUGCUGCUGCUGCUGCUGCUGCUGCCGCUGCUGCUGCUGCUGCUGCCGCUGCUGCUGCCGCCGCUGCUGCUGCUGCUGCCGCUGCUGCUGCCGCUGCUGCUGCUGCUGCUGCUGCUGCUGCUGCCGCUGCUGCUGCCGCUGCUGCUGCUGAGUGCCCAUCUCAACAUCCAUCCCGCGCUGCCGCUCGCAUUUAG